AUGUCCGUCUCUGCAGAAUUAGCCAGGGUCCGUCUCGAACCCAGGCGUGAUCAAGAUGACAGAUCAGAUACGAGCAGUAUCGCUGAAAGUGAAGAUGAGAGUGCGCCAUCAGCGGAUGAUAACGAAGGAGAUUACGAUGUUGAUGCUAUCAAGUGGGCUAGGUACAAGACUCGAGACGAUGCGGGCACGCGAUGGUAUUACGGCGUUAUAUGGAAUGGUUAUCUGAAGACUGGGUCUGAGACUGAAGAGCCUAUCAGCUCAUUUACCGUCACACCAGGUCAACCAAAUCUUAUACGAGAGUUCUGGCAAGCCAUCGGUAAAACGACUGGGCGUGGAAGACGUGAACCGGAAGGUCAGAUGAAUGAGAUUUACGAGACUCCGCCUGCAACUCUGAAGAAAUGGUUCCACAACAACAAAACCAGGAAGAACGGUCUCAAGUAUGAGAGGAGUUACGAGACGUACAAGCGUCGAAGAGCCAAGGAAUUGAAAAGGGAACAACUGGAGAAAGAGGGUAGAGAGAUACCCAGCGACCUGUGGACUAAAAAGGCGGACUCAGAUUACUACCUCUUCAAGAGACAGUUGAGAGCCAAACGUCGUCAACAGCGGGCUACUGGAGCGGUCAAUGGCAAUCGACCUACCACCUCUGCUCGUAAUUCUCGCUCCAUCACUCCUGCAACCUCGCGAGCCUCGACCACUCGUCCGCCAACGGCUCCUUCCCAUGCUACUGCUACUUCUACUGCUCCUGCCCCUGCUCCUCCAGCUACCAAUUCCUCCGGUAACGCCGUCGUAUCUCUUGGCUCACCAGCAUCGGAAUUUGGAUCUGAGUUUAACUCUGAUCGCGAAGGCGUCGAGGAGGAAUUACGAGCUGAGUCCUCAAACGACGAUGAUCGACCUCCUCAAAUUUCAUCGUCAGAAAGAAAAGCACCUACCAAGUCUCCAGUAGCCAGUACUUCCACUUCGCAAGCCAACCAUCAAGUGAAGAAAGCAAGGACGGAAGAAACAACUGGUCGACUUGCCAAGGUUGGCAAGAUUGCCAAACGAGUGUUAUCCCCUCCUCCAUCUGCUUCUGAGGUCACCUUCGGCGCUUUGCAAGAUGGUAUAUUCGAGUUGAACCCUACUGCUUCCACUUCUUCAUCUGGACCUUCCUCCUCAAAUGCUCCUGUCUCGGCUGUCCCAGCACCAAUGCCUACUAUUCAAGCUACUUCGGCUGGCGACUCGGCUGCUCCGACAGCAAGAAGCAUCAACAAUUCAGCUUCGACCUCAACUGCACCUACUGCACCACCCCAGCAACCCAUGAGCGCUAUAAAGGCUACAAUGCUGCGAAUUGAGGCUGAAAGAGCUGAAGCAGCAAGGAAAGCGUCUAUGACCGCCUCGACCGCUCAAGCCGGAUCUUCCAGUCGUCCACAGGACAAACCUUUUUCGCCGACUACCGAUCAACCCUCUGUUUUCGCACAGAACAUGCCUCCCCUCGCAUCAGUCGAUCCAUGCGCGCCUGCGCCCAAGCCGGCUACAUUGCCACUCAAACCGAUUACACCAUUGGCAAAUUCGUCUGGUCCGGUUCCCAGUUUCAAUCCCGCACCCGUUGCCGGAUCUUCCUCCAAAGCUCGUCUACCUUUGCCCGAUAAACCCAAGUACGUCCAACCGAAGAAGAUUCAGGUGAUAGACGACGUAGUCGAUCCUCGAGCUGGCCGUAAGGCGAAAUCGAACGUCGAUGAUGGAGGUAGACAUCGACCACCUCCCCUGAACAACACUGUGCCUCAACAUUCUUCUGCUUUCGUGCCUCGUACAGCUAAUCAGAACCAGCAGAAUGCCAACAAUCAAAACCAUUCCGUGAAUGGUGCCAGUGUCAGAUCACCAAUUGUCGAUCAUUCGCCCACGCUUCCUACUGGCCCCGCGGCAAUGCAAUUACCUGCUGAUCCAAGAAGAAGAGCAACUCAACCAACCUCGAACAUCACUCAAAGCGCUCUCCCCACCCCCGCGACAACACCCAUACAAGGUACUAAAGACUCAGUACCUAUAAACUUCCCCCUCAAUCCCAUUGAUGGACAAGGUGGCUUAGUUACGUUCUCGCCUCAAUUGAUUUUACGUUCGCCCGGUAAAUUCGUUAACGUUAUGAAAUUCUGCAUGACAAAUUCUCACUGGGCGGCAUACCUCACACCUGCAGCCAUGGAGUUCAUCAACAGUGGUUGGUCGAACCGCCAAUUGUGUCCAGAUGCAACUCAAGCUUUCUCGGUUCUCGUCCAGUUCCUCCCCCUCGAUAACCAACUACGUGACCUUGCCGGAGCAGGUAUCACGUCAGGUGGUGGAUUGAGCAUCAGCUGCUGCCCGCCCAACCCUUACCAAGCUGACGACUGUAUCAAAUGGAAGACCUGGCUACACGAUGUAUGCGCAAAUACCGAUUAUCAAGAACUUGUCACACUGUGUGAGCAAUACAAUCGCAAACUCGGUCCGACUUUCCCAUUGAUCAUCAAAGAAGCAGAUUUGGGCAAGAUCGAGCUAUUGCAAAUUGACGAUAUGAAAAAUCUCAGAGCUCGACACCUUACGGAUCAUACACGAUUCGUCUAUGUCACCCCUGAAAGGAAACCCACUCCAACGGAAGCAGUUGAGUAUAUAUCAGUCGACGAUUUCAUCAAUCUCUUAGCAAGUGGAGAUUAA